AUGUCUAGACGUCUACACACUAUAUACCAAUGUACCAUCACUAAUGUUACCCGUCUCUUUCUGUGAAACGUGUGCCUGCCAUAUGGAACUGCACUGCAUGCUACGGGAAACAGGUGUAACGUUAGUGGGUAGGUCAUCAACACAUUCUUGUGUUACAUUUUUGGUAAAAAGUAAACCAACAUGGCAACUGUGGAUGAACUGAAGGAAAGGAUUGCUCAACUUGAAGUAGAGCUUGCCAAGGAACGAGAAAAGACAGGUGGAAAUGUUGCUGGAGCUAGAAAGAAAAUCGACCAGAUGUCUUCGGAAGUGGUCGAUAGCAAUCCGUACAGUCGACUGAUGGCACUUAAGCGCAUGGGAAUUGUUGACAAUUAUGAGAGAAUACGAGAUUUCACAGUGGCAGUAGUUGGAGUGGGCGGAGUCGGCAGCGUGACUGCAGAGAUGCUGACAAGAUGUGGUAUCGGCAAGCUCUUGCUGUUUGACUACGACAAGGUGGAAUUGGCCAACAUGAACCGUUUAUUCUUCCAACCCUACCAAGCUGGCAUGAGCAAAGUACAAGCUGCAGAGAAGACUCUUAGAGAUAUCAACCCAGAUGUGCAAUUUGAAACUCACAACUACAACAUCACCACGGUGGACAACUUCCAACACUUUAUGGACAGAAUUAGCCAUGGUAACUUGAAGGGGGACGGUAGUGUGGACUUGGUGCUGAGCUGUGUGGAUAACUUUGAAGCAAGGAUGGCGAUAAAUACAGCAUGUAAUGAACUGGAACAGAAUUGGAUCGAGUCUGGAGUCAGUGAGAACGCCGUGUCUGGUCACAUACAGCUGAUCAAACCGGGAGAAACCGCCUGCUUUGCUUGUGCCCCACCGCUUGUCGUAGCAGAAAAUAUUGAUGAGAAGACUUUGAAACGGGAAGGCGUCUGUGCUGCCAGUUUGCCUACUACUAUGGGUGUAGUGGCUGGCCUGCUUGUGCAAAACACACUUAAAUAUCUUUUAGGUUUUGGGUCCGUUACACACUACCUGGGAUACAGCGCUCUGCAAGAUUUCUUCCCCACCAUGUCUAUGAAGCCCAAUCCGGCCUGCGAUGAUAGCUUCUGUGGGAAAAGACAAGAGGAAUUUCAGAGGAAAGAAGCCUUGAGACCCAAGACUGUGGAAGUAGUCAAGGAGGAGGAGAUUGUGCAUGAAUCUAAUGAUUGGGGUAUUUCACUGGUUGAUGAAUCAAGUGUGGAUGAUCUCAAGACACAACCAGCCCCUGAACUUGCCUCUGGCUUGUCUUAUGCCUAUGACAAACCUGAUGAAACAACAAAGGACUCUGAUGAAGUGGUGGCAGAUACCGACCAGUCAUUGGAUGAAUUAAUGGCACAAAUGAAGUCACUUUAACAAAUGUUCAAAUGUAUCCUAGCAUUCCAGAAUAACUUAUUUAUAAAACAUAUACUACUCAUCUAUUUGACCUAUGUUAUACACAGAUUGAGAGAAAAGUCAAACCAAUGAGAUGUUUUGUCAUUGGA